AUGACACGGACUUCCAAGUGCCAGGGUCCCAACACAGCCAGCACUGGGUGAUGUUAAGCCACUUUGCGUGUUGCCAGUCCCUGAUGAAUAGAAUCAAGAUUCGAGCAGUAUGGCUUCAAGACUCUGCUGUUGCCUUGGGACAGGGACUGUGGAUGUUCACAAUGGCUAGCAGAGCUCCGCUUGUCCUGUUCAGGUUCCUGUUCCUGCUGGCCGUCUUCUACAGUUCAGAUUGCACACUGAAGUGUUACCAUUGUGAAUCCCCGUCCCCUAACUGUUCCACAAUCGUCAACUGUACACCCAACCUCGAUGCGUGUCUCAAUUCCACCAGUGGACCACGAAUCUACAGACGGUGCUGGCGAUUCCAGGAUUGCAAUUUUGAAUUCAUUUCUGAGAGAUUACAGGAGAACUCAUUAAAGUAUGAGUGCUGCCAAAAGGACCUGUGUAACAGUAACAGAAAUGAUGGGACAACCUUAUCAGAGCUGACCAUGCUGCUGGUGGCUCCGGUGCUGACAGCCACCGGGCACCUUUAUGUCUAAGUCAACACCAAGAGGGCUGCUUCUAAACUGUCCCCUGCCCUUAGAGUCUCCAUUUUCUUGUUGCUGUAUGCCAUAAUCUACAAUUGCUCUACCUGUUUGCUGUUGGGAAAGAAUAAAAUGAACUUGAGCAACUUA